ACCCUAAAACACACUCACCCACUUCCUCCUCUUCCAUAAACCUCUCUCUUCCUUCUCUCUCCUGCCAUGAAAAUCGCAGACACAAACUCCUCAGAAGCCUCCUCCUAUCUUGAUGACUUUUGUUUCUUCUUGACUUCUGUCCGAACGCUCUGAAUACUUUAACUUUUGAGACCCCAAAUAAACGAUAAAGACACUAUUGAAAGCUGAUAACAAAAGAUCAAACCCAUGGCUGAGAGUCUCUCCUGUGGAGAAACCAGCGAUUCAUGGAUCACUGAUGAAACCAACUGUGACGGCGGAUUCGUGAACGAUGAACUUUUUAGUAAAGACGAAAACUUUAACGGAAACGGAUCAAACCCGAUGAUGGGUUCUCCUCCGUCGUCGUCGCUGAGAGAAGAAAGAAUCAGAGAGAUGAUGGAGCGAGAGGUUGAGUUCUUGCCAGGAGCUGAUUACCUCAAGAGGCUGCGUUCUGGGGACUGGGAGUUGCGUGUUAGGAACCAAGCUCUCGAUUGGAUUCUAAAGGUUUGUGCUCAUUACAAUUUUGGAACACUCUGCAUAUGUCUAUCCAUGAACUACUUGGAUCGGUUCUUAACAUCCUAUGAGCUGCCAAGAGACAAGUCAUGGGCUGUUCAGUUGCUAGCUGUCUCUUGCUUAUCAUUAGCAGCUAAAAUGGAAGAAUCAGAUGUGCCUCAAACUGUUGAGUUACAGGUGGGAGAUCCCAAGUUUGUUUUUGAGGCCAAAACGGUUAAAAGGAUGGAACUUUUGAUACUCAACACUUUGAAUUGGAGAUUGCAAGCUCUAACUCCAUUCUCCUUCAUUGAUCAUUUCAUUCACAAGACCAAAGGUCACGUGUCAGAGAAUUCCAUCUAUAGGUCCUCACAGUUCAUCUUGAACACCACAAAAGCAAUUGAAUUCUUAGACUUCAGGCCUUCUGAGAUAGCUGCAGCAGCGGCAGCGUCUGUUUCCAUUUCAGGAGAAGUUAUUUGCAUUGAUGAUGAAAAGACAAUGUCUAAUCUCACAUGUGUAAAACAGCAGGAGAGAGUGAAGGUAUGUUUGAAUCUGAUGAGAAACCUCACAGGGGAGGAUGUGACUGGUGCUACAUUGUCGUCACAGCAGCCGAGAUUAGCGGCAAGAGUGGUGCCAGUGAGUCCAAUUGGAGUGUUGGAAGCAACAUGUUUGAGCUGCAGGAGUGAUGAGAGAACAGUUGAGUCAUGUACAAAUUCCUCACAGAGCAGUCCAGACACAAACAACAACAAUAAUAAUAGCAACAAGAGGAGGAGAAAACAAUGAGAGAGAGAAAUAAAGAGUCAUACCUUGCUUUUUCAACACCAAUCCAUAAAAGGGUCAUGACAUUUGCGGUUCUUUAUAGUUUUGGUUUAUUCCUUUUUUUACUUCCAUUUCUUUACCUUUCUUUGGUUUCUCAUCUUCAAUCAGAGUUUUUUGAGAGAGGAAAAAAAUAAAGAGGGAUCUUUUGAAGGCGGCAAAAUUAAUGUCAUUAUUGAAGAUGAUGAGAUACAUUCCUAUU